AUGUUAGCCAAAGACAAGGUCGGCAAGUAUAAAAUCCUCCAUGCUAUCCAAGAUUUUUAUUUUUGUGAACAUUUAAAACUGCUAAUUACUUACAUUAGAGAAAAGCAAGCCAUCGAGCAGAUAAUUUACGAGCACACCAAUUAUAUCCGACUACACGGCAAGGACAUGACCAGCCUUUUUAAACUCUUCGGAGCCAUUGAGGGACUAAUUUAUACUUUUCCCAGCAUCCAAACUAUCCACAGCAUUCCCGUGCUCCAAGUUAAAGAAUUAUACCAGAGAUUAUACCAAAAGAAAGAGCAAAUAAACGGCCUAACUUAUAAAAUCGGUCGAGGAGGAGG